UUCAAUUCUUUUAUUUCUUUCUUUCUUUUAUUAUUCAUUAAGUAUUCAUAUACAAUUGAAUAUAUAUUAUAAGUAAUAUCCCUUAAAAAUCCCUCAUAAUGGUUAAAGUCGCUAUCAAUGGUUUCGGUCGUAUUGGUCGUUUAGUUUUAAGAAUUGCCUUAGAAAGACCAGACAUUCAAGUUGUUGCUGUCAAUGAUCCUUUCAUUGCUGCUGAUUAUGCUGCUUAUAUGUUUAAAUAUGAUUCUACUCAUGGUAGAUAUAAGGGUACUGUUGAAGCUGAAGGUGAAUAUUUAGUCAUUAAUGGUAAGAAAAUUAAAGUUUUCCAAUUUAAGGACCCAUCUGAAAUUCCAUGGGGUGCCAAUGGUGUUGAAUACGUUAUUGAAUCAACUGGUAUUUUCACUAAAUUAGCUGGUGCUCAAAAGCAUAUUGAUGCUGGUGCAAAGAAGGUUAUCAUUACUGCUCCAUCUGCUGAUGCUCCAAUGUUUGUUGUUGGUGUUAAUGAAACAAAGAUUACUCCAGAUUUAACUAUUAUCUCAAAUGCUUCUUGUACUACUAAUUGUUUAGCUCCAUUAGCUAAAGUUAUUAACGAUGAAUUUGGUAUUAAAGAAGGUUUAAUGACAACUGUUCACUCUAUUACUGCUACUCAAAAGACUGUUGAUGGUCCAUCCCACAAGGAUUGGAGAGGAGGUAGAACUGCUUCUGGUAACAUUAUUCCAUCCUCUACUGGUGCUGCCAAGGCUGUUGGUAAAGUUAUUCCAGAAUUGAAUGGUAAAUUAACUGGUUUAUCUUUAAGAGUUCCAACCACCGAUGUCUCUGUUGUUGACUUGACUGUUAACUUAGGUAGAGCCACUUCUUAUGAAGAAAUUAAGGCUGUUGUGAAAAAGGCAGCUGAAGGUCCAUUAAAGGGUGUUUUAGGUUACACUGAAGAUGAUGUUGUAUCAACUGAUUUCUUAUCUUCUACUUACUCCUCAGUCUUUGAUGCCAAAGCCGGUAUCUUAUUAUCUCCAACUUUUGUUAAGUUGAUCUCCUGGUAUGAUAAUGAAUAUGGUUACUCCACCAGAGUUGUAGACUUAGUGGAAUAUGUUGCUAAAUUAUAAAUGUAACAAAUAGGAUCCUUUUCUAUAGUACAUAUGAUUUGAUGUUUCAAAGUUUCUUCUCUAUUUUUUAUCUAAUUAAAAUCUAUAAAUUUAUACCACUUUUGUGAGUGAUUAACGACAAUAAACUAAUUGACUAUCUACA